AUGUCACUACCACGUUCAGCCUUUGGUUCGAGACGGAGAGCCCCCUCUCUGAGCUCCCACUCCAGUCCCAGGCACAUACCAGGCUCUUCCGACUCCAUGGACGGCACCUCUACGACCUCAGAUGCGAACUAUGGUUCUUUCCGUGGCCGUCCAGAGGUACCAUCCGCUCUUCACCCAUCUACCGCAUCCACCCACCGAGAACCAACGAGAUCUUCUGUACAUCUCUCAUACCGAGCUCCCAUAGGCAUGUACAAUUCUCGCAGAUGUUCUCUAUGUUCAUACACUGAUUUGACGACAGCGCCAAUCGACAAUGCGCAAUAUGCCCGCAGCGUGCGAGAAGAUACCGCUGAGCUAGCUUCCUAUGCUCUUUCAGACAGAGCAUCAGCCCGCAGCGUUUCCCCUCCACGACACCGUGCGCAGACACAGCUAGAAUCAUACUUCUCAGGAGGACCAGACACCGAAUCAGCUAUCAAUAGUGAGCCAGAAGGGCUGCACCACCACACUAUCCAGGAAGUCUCUGAGACCGUGUCACCCGAGGGUACAUCCUCUGAUAAGUCACCCGGCACAUCUGCGCUCACAAGCAUGCUUAAGCGUUCACCACCGAAUACUCUCCCCAAGGACGGGUCAAGAUCCAGCAAUGGUUUUAUUGAUGGAAGCACGGAUGCGGAUACCGAGGAGGAUGAUAUGCAACGACGUUUGAUCAUGACUGCCAAUGGAGUAAAGAUAGAUCCGUCUGAGCGGACACCACUGUUGAAGCAAAGAUCCGUUGAGACUCAUCACCCUGACUGGAUUCGAGGAGAGCAAGAUGUUGAAGGCCAAGUCAAUCGACGCCCACCGACGUGGCCAAAGCUACAUAAUAUUGUACUGUGGCCGACGGAAAAGGGUGUAGGUGUUCUAAGGACCAUUGUGAAUCCUAAAGCCUGGGACAGAAAAGCCAUAGUCCAGCAUGCCGUACUAGAGCCUGUCAGUUGUCUGCCUGCAGUGGUCCUUGGCCUGUUAUUGAAUGUACUUGAUGCUCUGUCUUACGGAAUGAUUCUCUUCCCACUCGGACAAAGUAUCUUCGAGAAACUUGGUUCAGCCGGCAUAUCUAUGUUUUACAUGUCUUGCAUUGUCUCACAACUGGUAUACUCUUGCGGAGGAAGUGGAUUCAAGGGCGUUAUCGGCUCUGAAAUGAUCGAAGUAGUCCCCUUCUUCCACAAGAUGGCCUUCAUGAUCAUGGCUACCGUCGGAGAAGAAAAUCCGCAAGCGGUCAUCGCGACCACAAUCACAUCGUACGCCAUCAGCUCCAUCCUCACAGGUUUAGUUUUCUUCUUGAUGGGAGUCUGCGGGUUCGGAUACAUCGUUGGCUUCAUUCCAAGACACAUCCUCAUUGGAUGCAUCGGAGGUGUGGGAUGGUUUCUAAUCGCUACAGGCUUUGAAGUAACUGCUGUCCUGGAUGGCAAUUUGGAAUACAACAUACCCACAUUGAAGAAGCUGUUUACUCCCGACACUUUGGUCUUGUGGCUCAUUCCAUUUAUUCUUGCUGUUGUCCUUUACUGGUCGCAGCAUAAGAUCACAUCGAAGUACUACUUACCUACGUACAUCUUGACUAUUCCAGCAAUCUUCUACUUCUUCGUUCUGUCUACGGACCAAUUGGAUAUCGGCAACUUACGAAACACUGGUUGGAUCUUCGAUGGCCCAGACGCUGGAGAACCAUGGUGGUACUUCUAUACUUUAUAUGAUUUCAAACUCGUUCAUUGGGGUGCGGUAGCAGAGACCAUCCCUACCAUGUUUGCUUUGACAUUUUUUGGUAUCCUACACGUGCCUAUCAACGUCCCAGCUCUUGCUUUCAAUAUUGGGGAAGACAACCUGGACUUGGAUAGAGAACUUAUCGCCCACGGGGUAUCAAAUGCUCUAUCUGGUUUCGUGGGUAGCAUUCAGAACUAUUUGGUAUACACCAAUAGUGUUCUAUUCAUAAGAACUGGUGGAAAUAGUCGACUAGCAGGCAUUCUCCUGGCUAUAUUUACCUUUGGUGUCAUGAUCAUCGGACCAGUAACGAUUGGCUUCAUUCCUAGAAUGAUGGUAGGGGUUCUUAUCUUCGUGUUGGGCUUCGAGCUUCUUCUCGAGGCACUCUGGCUACCUCGGAAGAAGCUCAAGUCUUUGGAAUACUGGACUGUUGUUGCUAUUGUACUUAUCAUGGGGAUUUACGACUUUGUGGUCGGUAUUGGCGUUGGUAUCCUCCUCGCUUUCGUUUCGCUCGUGUUCCAAACAUCAAGAGUUCCAGCAGUCCGCGCAUCUUACUCUGGAGAAAUUGCUGGGUCGACUGUCCGCAGAAAUCCCGUACAAUACCGGUACCUACGUGAUGUCGGCUCACAGAUUCACGUCACCAAACUCGCAGGCUAUCUUUUCUUUGGCACAAUUGUUAGUGUCGAAGAACGCAUACGAGGGCUGAUCGAAGAUGAGGCAUUUUACGAACGGCCAAUACGCUUCCUGGUUUUCGACUUGGCACAUGUUACUGGGAUCGACUAUUCAGCUGCUGAGGCAUUUAAUCGUCUCAACAGACUGUUUAGCAGGAAAGGGGUGACUUUGGUCAUGAGCGGGGUUAACGAAGAGGGCCCGCUGGGUUUGGGUCUUCGAGCUGUGGGUCUGGGCGAAGAUGGCAAUGAAGUCAAAUUGUUUGCAGACCUCAACUCGGCAUUGGAGAGCUGCGAGAAUGAGCUAUUAAAGACUUUCUACGCUAGCAAAGAAGCACGCACCAGCCGCAAUGCUCCAUCGGCCCACCUCGAUGUUCCAGGGCAAGGAAAGGUGGUCUCGCACACUAUCGACACACAAUUCAGCUCUCCACGACGGAGCCAACUUCAUCGAGUAGCAACGACUGCUCUGGAUGAAGGUCCCCCAGAGUCGCGAUACAACAACUUCAAGGAGCCACUUCGACUGAUAUUGCAAACUUUUCAGGGUCUUACAGACAAGAACGAAGAUUUCUGGUUUCGAGCAGUUCCUUUCUUCACUAGGAAAGAGUACCUUGCAGGCACUAUUCUCUUCAGAACUGGUGACUCGGCUGAUGGCUUUUAUCUGGUGGAACAAGGUAUCCUCCGUGCAGACUACGAACUUCCGCAAGGCCGAUAUUUUGAAAGCAUUGUCGCAGGAACGACCUGUGGAGAGCUCCCAUUCUUUUCCGAGACUGAGCGCACGGCUGUCGUGCAUGCUGAGCGCGACUGCGUGACAUGGCUCAUGGACAGAGACAACUGGGAACGACUGCGAACGAGCGAGCCGGAUGUAGCAUCAGAGCUACUUCGCAUUUCAUUGAAACUCACCAGCGAGAGGAUGACGAACAUCACCUCUUAUGUUUUGACCACCGCUGGUUGA